UGUCCUCCCCAGCAAAAGACAAAUGUCCCUGCUUUGGGGUGGUUGUGAGCGUGACGCUCGGCCAUCGUUUAAGGCUCUCACACGAUGCCUGGCGCUCAGCAGUUAAUGGUCCUCACGGUCGUGGUGGCUCGGAAUGGAGGUGACAUUUGUCCCUGGGAACCUCCCCCUCACCUGAGGACGUGACCCCCGGGAGGCCCCCUGUAAGGGGCUGGAGCGAGCAGUGUCUGGUCUCCUUGGGUCCUGAGACCGGCUGCUCCUGUGGCCCAGGGAAAGCAGAGGGAUCGUGGCUGGGAGGUCCUGGCUGGGCUGCCUGGACCCAGAGGAGUUAACAGCUCCAGGCCCUGGCCCAGCAGGGCUGCCACGCUGCAGCCACAACAGCAACUAUUUUAGCAGAGGAGCCAGGGCUGCUUCCUGAUGGGCAAAACAGCUGGCCGCCCGGGAAAACAGCUGGCUCGGGCCCAGCCUCCUGAGGACGGACAGUGCCUCAGAGGAGGACAGCGCCACAUCUGGGGUGCUGGGAGAAGCCAGCGGGCAUGGCCAGGAGGGAGAGGGUGGUCCUCGGGAGUGUGUGUGGCUGUUGGGUGGGCCCCCGGAGAUGAGGGGCGCGUGGGCGGGUUCCUGGAGCAGAGGCCAGGGUAUGCUGAGCCUAAGCGGAUUGGGCAGGGGUGCUUCCAGCUGCGGCUUAGGGUCUCAGGGGCCCCUCCGAUGGGAAAGAGGAGCAGCAGGGAAGCCUGUGGGAGCCUCUACUCAGCCCUGGCCGCUUCUGGAACCAGGCUUGAAAUGGGAGGUGGGGAGGGUGCCCAGGCUGGGCUCCCGAUGCCCAUCCGCAGAGCUGCACCCCGAACCAGGAGCAGGGGCGCGGGCCCAUCCUCUGGCCAGGAUCCCGGGCUCCCUUGGCCACAAGCUGGACUGGGGCUCAGAGAACCCCCAACUCGGGAGACGUGAAGCUGGCAGCUGGCAGGUGCCCUGCAUGACCCGGGGAGAGAGCCCGCAGGUCCCAUCGGACAGCAGUGUCAAACCUCAUCCUGCAUCCGAGUUACCCGGAGGGCUUUUCUUAAAACAGACUGCUUGGCCUCCGCGGCCUAAGAACUUGCAUUUCUGGCGAGUUCCGGAGGACGCUGAUGGCUGCUGGUCACGCUUUGAGACCCACCGCUUUAGAAUAACUGAUCACCGGCCGCCUGGAAGUUCUGACCCGAGCCUGGUGGAGACUUCGACGCUGCCGGUACCGUCCCCUCACCAGGCAAGUCCCUUCCUUCCCCCCUCUCCCGGUGGGGCUGCAGGCACAGGCCUCGCCCCCUCCUUGCCCUGGGAAGAGGCUGCAGAGAGACCCCCCAAGGUGCCCCCGGAAAAGCAGGGGUUGGGGGUGAAUGAGGGGCCCCUCUGCCAGCCUCAUCCCCAGGCUGGACCUCUUCCUGCCUCUCAGCCUCCACGCGGAGCAAAGCUGCAAGUGUCUGGUUCUAGCAAGGCCUCCUUGCAAACCCUUGGAGUUGGUAUCAGCCCCGGAGCACCAAGCCAGGACCCCAAGGCUCAGGCCGGAUCAGUGCCGGUGCAGGCGGCCGAAGCGAGGACGGCGACGCGCGCGGCAUGCCAGGCGCAGACCGCCGCGGGACGGCGCGCCCAGAGGGCGCGCGGGAGCGGGGGCGGGCCGGCGGCCGGCGGCCGGGGAACCCCGGAAAGGCUGCACCGGGCGUGGGUCCCGCCCCGCGGGGUCUGA